AUGGGCGCCAAGCUCGAUAACCAGAAGCUCGGCUUCGUCUUCCAGACCCGCCCAGACAUUCUUGAAGGCAUCCAGAAGGCUGCAGAUUCCCCCAGCCGAGUCGCCCUCUUCAACCAGAUUGCCACCCACGUGUACGAUACGAUCCAAGGAAAUGGCGAGCCAGCGCACAAGAAACGACGUGUGGAUGUAGACCAGGCCAACGGCAGCGCGAACGGUACACACACCAGUGCCGACACAAUCACCAAUGCAGCAGACGAGGCUGUCCUCCUUGAGAUCAAGGAAAUUUCCGUCUCCGUCCCCCAGCGAAAAAAGUUUGAGCUCUGCUUCACUGCAAACCACUUCUAUGCUCGGGCGCCAGGGACCACGGCACCAAUUCCGGCCAUAACACAUGCUUGGAAGGACAUUGAAUACAUCUUCUAUCUUCCCGUCCCCGAGAAGACCCAGGUGCAGCACAACUACAUCGUGUUCCCUCGAGGCACGUGCCUCCCAUCCAAGACGAACCCGCCCAGCGAGGAGCCACUCGUUUUUACUGUCCCCUCGACUGCCCCGAAGCAAGGUACGGUGGGUGGCCCAGAAGCUGGAACGGCCUCUGCUGUCUCCGACACAUACAAGUCCCUCUUCCACUGGGCCCUGAACAGGCAUCUAAGGCCUGCAGGAAACGAUGUGGAAAUCGUCUCUGCCAAUCCCAACAAGUUCCAAAGCAUGGUGAAGCAACCACACAGGCCAAAUGAGAAGGCAGUCCAUGUCAAGGCAUUCAGAGGUUCCAAGGAUGGCUAUCUCUUCUUUCUCGAAAACGGAAUUCUAUGGGGUUUCAAGAAACCGCUGAUGUUCAUCCCCCUGAACCGUAUUGCUGCGACAAGUUACACAAGCAUCUUGCAGCGGACUUUCAACAUUGCCGUAGAGGUCUUUGCCAGUGAAGGAGACGCAACCGAAGAGCUCGAGUUCUCCAUGCUGGAUCAGGAAGACUACGGCGGCAUUGAUGAGUACAUCAGGCGCAACAAGCUGCAAGACCGCAGCAUGGCUGAGCAGAGAAAGGCUAAGUUGGAAUUGGCAGAGAAUAAAGGACCAAAGAAGGGUGGUGACGCGGCGGAAAACGGAGACGCAGCCGCGGCAGAUGGUGCUGAAGGACAGGGUGGGAUGAGCGAACUGCAGAAGGCACAUCUCGAGCUUGAGCAGCAGUUGGAUGAUGAAGAGGAUGAAGAUGAAGAAGACUACGAUCCUGGGAGUGAGGGAGAAAGUGAGGGGUCUGGAGAGUCCGAUGAUGAUGACGACUCCGAUGACGAAGAUGAUGAGGAUGAUGAAGGCGAAGAUGAUGGUGAGGAAGCCGAGGGAGAAGGAGAAGAGGAGGCCGAGGAGGAGCCUGUUGAGGAGGAGCCCGUCCAACCUGCCAAGCCUGCGAGACGUGCCAGGGCGACCAAGCCUGCUAAGGCUACACCUGUCAAAGCCGCUCCCGUCAAGACGGCUCCAGUCAAGGCGGCUCCAGUCAAGGCGGCUCCUGUGAAAGCCGCACCCGUGAAGGCUACGACUGUACCUGUCAAAUCGGGCUGGGCGACGAUUGGUGGUUCCCGACGAAAUGAUGAUGACAUGGAUGUGGACGAAACGUUUGACGUUGUUGGGUGA